AUGGUGUUUCUCUCUCACGUCACAGCGUUGGAUCGCGAGCUGCGGCGUUUGCUGGAGCUCGCGAGCUCAUCUGAGAGUGAGAGCUCUUUGUCGAAAGACGUGAGACCGACAGCAAGCGGAAUUCUUGACCGACUCACGACGAUCCACCAGCAAACCUGCGUGCCGUCUAUGGGAGUGACCGCUGGCAUGAAUCUACCGGAGCUUCUGGUACUCACAGCUGAGGCUGCAGUUCUUCAAGGAGAUUUCCACACGGCAUUGAAGAGUAUCGAAUGGUUUUUCAGCGAAUGUCAACUUAAAAACCAGUUUUACUGUCGCGCUCAAUUCGUCCGAGCUCAUUGCGAGUCGUACGAUGCAGAGGCUGACACGGGUGUGACGAAGCUCAAGAAGGUGCUUGAUGCGAUCCACUUUGUUCUCGCUGUGAUCCCAAUCGCCAUGGAUACACUUAAGCGUCCUGUGUACGACUUUCUCGUGUACAAUGCGUCUGUGACGUAUUGGCAGAUUGCGCGCCAGCUCAUGAAGCAAUCCACCUUCCAGUUUCUAGUGCCGUCUUUAACGAACAUCAUCGAUGCGCUCAAGCUGACCGCCGAGUCGGAUGUGGCGUGGCUGCUUCGACUCCAACUCGCUCUUGUCUACGCUCAGCUAGAUGCCAAUCAACUAUCAAACGCUGCGAAGGCAAUCAACGACGUAGUGGACGUGCAGCUCGGUCCUCGUCUCGCUGAACUCACCAAAGCUGACGUGUCAUUCAAGGCUUUGUAUGAAGAAGCACUGUGUCUUCAAGUCCACUUGGGAUCGUUCAAAGACCCAGAGUGUCAGAAGAUCGUGCCCAACGUCAAGCGACUUCUGCCCUCGAGUGAUAAGAGAUCAACAUUGCUAGUCAAACUCCAGUGUGUCAAGUCUGGGAACGUUGCGGGGACGUUGGAAGCCGCGUGUGUUGAAAUAUUCCAGGAAGCCACGGGUUUCGUCGGUUUAAACGCUGAAACGCCGCCAGAAGAUGUUAAAACUUUCGUGAGCUCUCUAGAGCCGCGUGCGCUGAAAGCCAUUGACGGUGAAAUGGUGGCUGAAACUGCAAUCCAUGCAGCACUUAACAAUGCUUUACCCAUAGCAGCAGCAUGCGACGUCGUGCUACAACGCAAAGGCAAAAAUAUGCCACCGAAAACUCGAGUUUUAUGUCAAGUUCUGAGUGCAAUUUUACUCAUUGUCACGCCGGCUACACACACUGGAGACAAGAUGAGCUCUCGCCAACGUGAAUCCAAGCUUCUCUCUCGACGAGUGGAAGGAAUAAAAGCGUUUGAGCGCGCGUUAUUGGCCAGUAAACGUCAGCAGGAUCCGCAGUUGGUCGAGCGGGUGUGUAUCUACGCGUGGAAUCUGUCGCUGCCACUGCUGCAGCCUCACUUGCGGCAUAUUUUGAGUCGAGUGUUCAGUCUGGCGUCGUCUAUCAUGGAAGAAUUGGACUCGUUGUUGCUUGGCUUUCGAGCGCGACUUUACUUGGAGAUAGCGAAACUGGAGGUGGCGUCUGACUUUCUAGCUAAGGCGAACACGAACGUGUGUAAAGCUCUUUCUUUGGACUAUGGAACGAUUAUUCGUGCAAAUGAUACGUCCCCAUUGACAGUCGAGGUUCUCAGUGCUCAUGAAGACUGGAUAGUUCGACCGGUUGACACUCAUUUGCUCCCUAUAAAGCAGAAAUUGGACUUGAAGCUAGCAGCUGAGAACUCAUCGUCCAGGUCGUUGGAAGUACUAGCGAUGUUGGAACAAGUCAAGGAAGGCAAAGACCUACAACAGCAGCGAGAAAUUCUGGCUCGCAGUAUCGAUAUGAUGACUGAGAGUAGUAGCGAGUCGAGUUCGCCUGCUGACGAUGUCAGACUUUGGAGCGAGAUUUCAUCGCUCGCGUGGAGUUGUCUCCAUGAUAGUGUACUGGCUCAACAGACGACGGAGCUGACAUUGUCGAAGUACUUUGCUACAAGUGAAACAGGGGAGGCUGUGCCUUUGAAGAGCAUAUCUAAUGAGAAGAGUUUGCUGAUCCUCGAGGUUGACAUGCGGCUUCUGAUGAUGGAGAUCCUAGCGACCAAGUUAAAGGAUCAGGCGAUGAAAGCUGAUAACGCCCAACGUCAGACCGAAACUCUGGGAAACCGAAUCGAGUCAAGACUAGCUGCAAGGAAGUCAAACGCUGAUCUCAUAGCGCUGAUAUCUCUGGGGAAGGAGGCGUUUGUACUGGGGAUACAUCGUCCAAAUACCGACGAUAGCUCGUCACCCAUUGAACCAGGCGCAGAGGCUGAAGGAGAUGUAAAUCUCAGUCUUUCAAUUCUACAAAGUACGUUUAACAAGGAACAUCGCACUAUUAAAUUGGAAAUACUGGAGCAUCUUACGAAAGCGCUGCAGGCAGCAACAAAGAUCGGGUGGACGUUCGUGUUGGAGAAUACGUGCAUCUACUUGUGGAAUUACCAUUUCCACAUCUUCCGUAUGUUGCUAGAAGUGACUCAAUCUAGUACUUCUGAGAAUGGCUUUGACCCACAAUGGAUUUUACCUGAGUGUAUCCACGCGUUUGAGGCUGUUUACGCGGCUCUGGAAGCGGGUGCUGCAAGUGUGGAUAACGAUCUUCUUGCCAAUAUCGGACUUGGACUUUCGAGUAUUUAUGAGAAGACUGGCAAGCUUGACAAGGCUCUAGCUAUCGCAGACACCUUUCUGAAACGUAAUCCUGUCAGUGGAGGAAGCACGAGUGUACUGCACAUUAAGCGAUUUGCAGAGCUAAAGUCAAGAGUUCAAAUUGCUCAGAAUGCGAAGGAUAUUACACCUACCAACACGACUUCUAUUCAAGUGAAGGUUGCUGCCUAUUUGGAGGCGAUGGAAGUGACAUUUACGCAAAUGUUACUCUCAGCAGCACAGCAAUCGCAACUUCUGGAAAAAGCUCAAGGGUUUUAUCAGAAAGCCAUCACAAUGUGGCAGACGAGUGCGUCAGAGAUAUUCACGUCGUUCACGAGCACCGGAACGGGGCGAGUACUGGAAGAAGAACAGCAAGUGAUGGAGUUGUAUGUGGAAAUAUGGGUUCGACUCGGUUGUGGCGCGUUCCGACUGAAGAACGCUAAGUUCGCAAUCGACUGUGCAGAGGAGGCUUUACAGGUGCUAACGUCUCCAGAAGACAAAAAGGCUAAGCAAGUGAUCCAGCUACUUAUUACGCCAAGCACGUGGAAGUGGUUCGCUCUUGCUGAGUUGCUUUACGGACGAGCAAUUUUGGCGUUAGGACAGGGAGAUACACCCGCUCAAAAGUUAAUUCUUGCUUCACUAUCGCAUCUUGUGCAAUCAAUCGAGUACGCACUACGCGGAAACGUAUCUGCUAUCGUUGUUCGAGCUUGCGAAGUGAUCUGGAACGCGGCCAUCUUUGCAAUAAACCCAAGUACAAAGCUCGAUAGCGAGGAAGCUGAAGACAAUUUUCUUGAUCAUAUUACGGACAGCUUGCGUAAGACGCUACGUUAUCUCGACCAAGUGAUCGUGUCUCCUGACGCAGAUCUCAACUUUUAUGGCGAAAUGGUUUUACUAACGCUGGUAGUUUGUGGAAAAGCGAGUAAAUGGAGCGACCAAUAUGAGAUCUGUGAGUACGUACUUAGAACCUUUGGACCAACGUCGCAUCGAACGCCAUUGCCUCGUGGUAUCAUGAAGGAGAUUCAAACUACAUCGGCCAUUGCAGGUGCUCGCAUUGGGAAGCCAAUCAGCAUGCCAAGGAGUGGAGGCAGCUCGAAAACCCCAGAUCAACUGGAACAAUCUCUUGUCCAAGCUCAAAUACUCAAGAAAGUAGCGCUUUCUUCUUGGAAAGACCCACCUGCACAACUCAGGAUGUUGUCGAACGCCUACACGGAACUCGAUGGACAGCCGGAAGAACAGACGCUCGUUCUCGUUGACAUUGCUGAAUGGUUUUACACAAAUCAAUUCUCUACUCAGAAUGCUGUCACUUAUCUGGAAUGUGCCACCUCAACGCUGCUAAAUUGUCAGAAACAGCAGCUAAAAGUCUCACAAGCACGGAAAGCGACGACUUCAAGUGACCAGCUGUCACGUCUGAAUAUUAACGUGGGCUACUCGCCUCUGUGGUUUGCUGAGAAGCAGCUUCGUAUUUUCGUUAUGCGGGCGACGUUAUCCAAGAAUUGUACCGAGAGGUUACAGUACGUUCGAUUGGCUUUGUACGAGGUGAUGAAAGCCUGGGAACACAUCAUCAUGAUGACGAAUGAGGCUGAAUUUAAAGUCACAUUUGAACGAGAGAACCCCGACGCAACUAGCAGAGUUGAGUUUGACGAGUGGAAACAGGACAAGAUGCCUAAGUAUACGACGCCUGUGUCGGAACGUGAGUGGAUUAGUUUCUUAGUGGACCACGACACGAACGUUGCGAAUCGAUUUUACAUGCCGUGGACUAGAGUUUUGCAAGUGAGUAUGGUCCACAGCACUCAACCAGUUCUUACGUUACUAAGUCUCGAAGAUCUGCUCGCCAUGCUUCGUGACGAUGGACUCCAAUACUCGAGCAUGCUACCCUCAUUUUGCUUGUAUAGUGUGCUGUUCCACGCGUAUAUUCCUCGACGAACUCUAAUCGCACAGAUUUGGAUGGAACUCUCGCAAUUUGACCUCAUGGAGCGGUUGAAUUUGAGCAACUUUUCUUUGCCACUGCAGAACGCUUUAGAUAUUAUCCAAUUAAAUGGAGAUGCAUUGAUAAAGGAGCUGCAAGAAUCUCAGACGUCGACUGAGCUACCUGAAGGUGACUUUGAAUCGAGGAAACGACGCGUGGUUCAAAGCACACAGCUUGACUCACGGGAGAAAGCAGUCAAGUCAAUCCAGCUACUCUUGCAGUUCGGGUUUGUCCGCCAAGCGAAAACUCUUCUUGAGAUACUGCGGUACUCGACUGAGAGCUCCAAAGUCUUGGCAAGUGAAUGUGAUGUUCUAUCCAGUUGUGUCUUGGAGAUCGAAGGUCAAACCGAACAGGCAUUAGCUCGAGCAAAAAGUGCUUUGGGGGUUUCCCAACUAGAUGUUUGUCGCUUCUUGGAGUGGACACUACGAUGCUGUAAGUUGAAUCCCGACCUUGACGAAGCACUCGAUUUAUUGAAAAGUGCUGAGAAGAGCGCAGCGAUGACGAUCGUCGCUGGAAUGCGGUGUCCAGCUGUACAGACGAUUCCCUACAAAGAGACUGGUCUAGCUAAUUCUCCUGAUGUUGUGGUGGUUCAACUAGUGGCUCGAGUGAUAUUCAAACAAGCGACGGUACUUCUGAAGAAGGCCGCUGCAUGUAAAGACUCAUGUAUGUUGGACUAUUUACAGGAGAGCAAGCGAACUCUGGACAAGAGCAUGCUUAUGCUAACUCACGUUGAGGCCCAUUAUCAGCGCAAGGCAAUAGUGUCACCUUUGGCAAUGGAGAUUGCGUUGACUAAACUACAAGUUGCUCGACUUCUGCUGGCAUCGGAGCUAUCGCCUGCAGCUGUCAAAGAUAAAGAGAUGACGUGGUAUCGAUACAACGAAGACAGACAACGCAACGUGGUGGAAAAGUGGCUUAACGCAACUGAGUCGGAGCAGCAUAACACCGGAUCAUUUGAGCUGCCACGUGCCAUGACAUUGAUCUCUUCUGCGAUUGAUACGCUUUCUGACAACUCCGUCUUGGAAAUCCAGCAUGCAAUCGCUCAAGUGCUGAGGCUUCAGUGUCAACGUCUUGCGCUUUUCCAUGGACACGAUCGACAGAAAGCGGAUGCCCUUAGAACUCAUCUAUGGACUCGCUACACGUCAUCUGAUGCGCGUCAUGCAACGUGGGUUUGCUGCCACGGAGCACGCGCUGAACUCGCUGUUGCCGCAGAUGCAGCAGCGAACCAAAAUGCAGCUCCGAACCAGAAUGAAAGCCAAAGUCCGGUACAAGGCGAGCUGGAAACGGAAGAGGAAGAAGAAGGAGUCGACGAAGCUCGUUUGGAGGAAAUGCUCACAGCCCACGCUGCAGAAGUUCAGAAGUACCAACUUAUCGCAUUUGAAAAGCAGUGUGCAGAGCUGUUGCGACUGUGUUCGAACGAACUGGUGCACGUUCUUGGCUGUCGACACCCGUUUGACUGUGCGAAGAAUGUACUCAAGCACCAAAGUGCUGAGGUUAUCGAGGUUGCAACUGCCUUGUUCGAGAAAUGUGUGGCAGAGUCGAAUGUCCAGCGUCUGCACUUACGAAGGAUGAAGAAGCUACAGAAGACACACACCAGUGCCGAGGCUCAUAGUCUGCCAUUCCAGCUCUCUCAGCUGUAUUUAUCUCAACAAUCCGAGUCUUUCAAGCGGAUGAGUGUCGGGACUCGAGUGGAUGCCAUUGUGGCAGCGCUACCGAGUUCCAUUCGCGUGCUGUGUCUCCACUUUUCUCCUGAUCGCUGCUACUUGUAUGCUGCGUUUUUAGGCAGUACUGAGAGACGUGUUGCGAUUUCUCGCAUGGAAUUCACAGACACUCAGGCAGCGUUAUUAGAGCAACUACAAAAGAGGAUUCGUACGUGGAGAGAGAAAUGUGCAAAGGAGACGUUGGCGUACGAAGAGGCUCAUGGACAAGAUGAAAUGUAUGAGUUUACAUGA